AUGCCUCUUCUCAACGGCAACGGCAACGGGAACGGCACUCACGCCCCCGCUGCCAACACGGCCCAUUUGCCCGCUGAGCCUGAGUUUGAGCAGGCAUACAAGGAACUCGCCAGCACACUCGAGGACAGCACCCUGUUCCGUGACCACCCCGAAUACCGCACCGCUUUGGCCGUCUCUGCCAUCCCAGAGCGAGUGAUUCAGUUCCGAGUUGUGUGGGAGGACGACAAUGGCCAUCUGCAGGUGAACCGCGGCUUCAGAGUCCAGUUCAACUCGGCGCUUGGUCCUUAUAAGGGUGGUUUGCGAUUCCACCCCAGCGUCAACCUGUCCAUUUUGAAAUUCCUUGGUUUUGAGCAGAUCUUCAAGAAUGCUCUUACUGGAUUGAACAUGGGUGGUGGCAAGGGCGGUGCCGAUUUCGACCCCAAGGGUAAAUCGGAUGGCGAGAUCCGUCGCUUCUGCCAGGCUUUCAUGCGCGAGCUGUCUAAGCACAUUGGUGCGGAUACCGAUGUCCCGGCUGGUGAUAUUGGUGUUUCUGGGCGUGAGAUUGGUUACAUGUAUGGCGCCUAUCGACAGGCCCGAAAUCGCUGGGAGGGUGUUUUGACUGGAAAGGGAUUGAGCUGGGGUGGCUCUCUCAUCCGACCUGAGGCUACUGGUUACGGAGUCAUCUACUAUGUCCAACACAUGCUCGAGUAUGCCGGUCGCGGUACCUUUGCUGGCAAGAAGGUGGCCAUUUCUGGCUCCGGCAACGUCGCCCAGUACGCCGCCCUGAAAUGUAUCGAACUCGGCGCCACUGUUGUCUCGCUCUCCGACUCCAAGGGCACUCUCGUGGCUGAAUCGGACAAGACCUUCACUGCCGAACACAUUGACCAGAUUGCCGAGCUCAAGGCCCAGCGACGAGCCCUGUCCGACUUUGAUCACGGUGGCCGAUACAAGUACAUUGAGGGCGCUCGCCCCUGGGUGCACGUUGGUGCGGUGGACAUUGCCCUGCCUUGCGCUACCCAGAACGAGGUCAGCAAGGAGGAGGCCGAGGCACUGAUUUCCAAUGGUGUGAUUGCCGUUGCUGAGGGUUCCAACAUGGGCUGCACUCAGGAUGCCAUUGACUUGUUCGAGACGCAGCGACGCAAGAAGGGCGGUGAGGCUAUUUGGUAUGCUCCUGGAAAGGCUGCCAACUGCGGUGGUGUUGCCGUUUCUGGAUUGGAGAUGGCUCAGAACAGCCAGCGACUCAACUGGACGUCUGAGGAAGUGGAUGAGAAGCUCAAGGGUAUCAUGAAGAAUGCCUUUAUGAACGGACUCGAGACGGCCAAGAAGUACGUCGAGGCCAAGGAUGGUGAGCUGCCUUCGCUGGUGGCCGGCAGCAACAUUGCUGGAUUCGUCAAGGUUGCGCAGGCGAUGCACGAUCAGGGCGACUGGUGGGCUUAA